GAGCACACUGAACGUCAACAACAGAUGGGUUUUUGUGCAAAACAUGGUACCACAGUUAGACUGAGAAGGAAAAAUGAUGGCUUUCCAUCUCAGCCCCAGCGCAUUCAGGAGGAAUAGGUGUGUUCUUGAAGAUUUGAAUGGAAAGGACCUUAAUCUAUGCAGAAAAUCUGAUCUCCAGCCUCCAAGGGACUGAGAUUUUGGCAGCCUCCAGCCUCUAAUGCCCCUCAAUACUGCCAGUUUAGCUGAUCUGCGUUUGAUGCCUUUUUCUUCAAGUCCACAAGCUAAUAUCCACAGACUCCUGUCUAGAAGCACUGGUGAAGAAAAUAUGCCAGUAGGUGGGGUGUGCUGGGUAAGCAGAAGACAGUAGAGACUGGGGAAGAACUGGCUAGGCUGGAUUCUUUGCAGGAACCUGGUCUGAGAUGGCCUUGCCACACAGCUGCUAGAAACAGAACUAGUAUCUUUCCAUUGACUUGUUCUUAUUGCUGCUGGAAAACUCCCUUCCAGCAAUUACCAUUUUUAGAGUUUUUUUUUAUUAUUAUUAUUUUUAAAUCAUGUAUUUACAUAUAUAAUGAUAAUGUUCUGUUUUAUAUUGUGUGCUUUCCCUUAACAGUACUGAGGUUGCAUUGAAUUAGUUUUGCAUAACAUCUCUGUUUCCAACAUGGAAUGAGUUUAUGAGUUUUUGCAGUGGUUUCGGUUCACUGUUGAACCAGCUGAUGGAGAAGGCAAUUAAAGAAGUGAUAGUAACUUGGGCUUUGGUAAAUCAGCUGCUGUCUGUACUGAGGCUAAGGAACCUCAGGUUCAUAUGGCUGUUUUCUCCAUUAAGAUGAACCUAACAGAGCUAAUAUUUUUGUUUUAAUUUGGAUUAGGUUCUAGCAAGGAAAAGGGAAGGUUUUAUGCCUUUCUUACAAGUGCUGAAGUGCCACAGAGCUGGCUCAGGCAUAAAACCUCCCUGGAAGAGAAUAGUAGAGGAUGCUUCUGUGUUGGCCAUGGAUUCAGGAGGACAGUGUGUCAUCAGAUUACAUCUGUUUGGUAUUUUAAGGUUUCGCUACAACCCUAAAGUAGAAUGUUAUUGUGUGAAGAAUGAAGUCCUGCAGUUUAAGAAGAAAUACUCUGGCAUAAAAUGCAUUCCAUAAGAAAUUCUGCUGCUGUGGAAAAUGUGGGGCCUUGCCAGAAACCCUCCCACUCAGGAGAGAAACUGAACGCCAGAAAAGCGGAUGGACUCCAUGAUAUUAAACACUUGGGGAAUGGGUUCAACUCUGUUGCCCUUUUCGGUGAGAUUGCAGCUGACAGUUCAUGCAGGAGGAUAUAUGCAGGUGAUGCUCUGAACACUUCCCCCUCUCCGCCGCGUAUCUCCUACCCUGCCAGUAUCAGAGACUGAAGAAGUUGAGCAUGUCUGAGGUGGAUCAGCCUUGCAGGGAGAGAGGGGGGCAGUAGCUGCUCAGAGCAGCCCGAGUGCUUGAAUCAGGAUCUGCUGGAAGGGGACGCUUUGAGGAUAAUCAUGCUUCACAGAAGAACGGCACCGACCUCCAGUUGCUUUAAACACAACCUCCUCCACUAGGGCUCCAGGAAAAAAAAAAAAAAAAGAAAAAAGAGAAUAAUUAUAAGAAUAACCAUUAAAAAGGUGAAAGGAAUGCUUACUCUGGAACCUGCAUUUGACGAUCUUCACCACUCGCGCUGAAUAUCCUCUGAAAUUAUUUUCUCCGGCUUUUAAAUUUGCACCGUCUCAAGAAGCAAGAUUGCCUCAAAGAAUCCUCUAAUUUUUUUUUUUACAGACAAAAAGGAUUUUUUAAAACUCAUUCUCCCACAUUUGCCCCCCAACCCUUAUUCUUCUUAUGUGGAUAUGCAAGCAAGAAGAGGAGACUGGACAUUCCCAACAUGCUCUCUCCCUUGAUCUGUCCGUCUAGAGGUUCUGCUUCUACAAACCAAGGGAGUGUAAGAGCCGAAGAUGAGGCGCAGAGUGGAGUGCUACUCUCCAAGAUUUUGGCUGGUGCUGGCAGUCCUCGCGACAACAGGGAGCGGGGCCCAUGCCCAGAAAAGCCACCCGAGCAUUGGCAUUGCGGUCAUCCUCGUGGGGACCUCAGACGAAGUGGCCAUCAAAGAUGCCCACGAGAAAGAUGACUUCCACCACCUCUCAGUGGUGCCUCGGGUGGAGCUGGUGGCCAUGAAUGAGACAGAUCCCAAGAGCAUCAUCACCCGCAUCUGUGACCUCAUGUCAGAUCGGAAGAUUCAAGGGGUAGUAUUUGCUGACGACACAGACCAGGAAGCCAUUGCCCAGAUCCUGGACUUCAUCUCUGCCCAGACCCUCACUCCCAUCCUGGGCAUCCAUGGAGGCUCCUCUAUGAUCAUGGCAGAUAAGGAUGAGUCAUCCAUGUUCUUCCAGUUUGGACCAUCAAUAGAACAGCAAGCCUCUGUCAUGCUCAACAUCAUGGAAGAAUAUGACUGGUACAUCUUCUCCAUUGUCACUACUUACUUCCCUGGUUACCAGGACUUUGUGAACAAGAUCCGCAGUACAAUUGAGCACAGCUUUGUGGGUUGGGAACUGGAGGAGGUCCUCCUGUUGGACAUGUCCCUGGAUGAUGGGGACUCAAAGAUCCAGAACCAGCUCAAGAAGCUCCAAAGUCCUGUUAUCCUCCUCUACUGCACAAAGGAAGAGGCCACCUACAUUUUUGAGGUGGCCAACUCUGUGGGUCUGACAGGCUAUGGUUACACGUGGAUCGUGCCCAGCCUGGUGGCAGGGGAUACAGACACAGUGCCAUCCGAGUUCCCCACCGGGCUCAUCUCUGUCUCAUAUGAUGAAUGGGACUACGGUCUUCCUGCCAGAGUGAGGGAUGGAAUAGCCAUAAUCACCACGGCUGCUUCUGAUAUGCUCUCUGAACACAGCUUCAUCCCUGAGCCCAAGAGCAGCUGUUACAACACCCAGGAGAAAAGGAUUUACCAGUCCAACAUGCUCAACAGGUACCUGAUCAAUGUCACCUUUGAAGGCAGGAAUUUGUCGUUCAGCGAAGACGGAUACCAGAUGCAUCCCAAGCUGGUGAUCAUCCUUCUGACCAAGGAGAGGAAGUGGGAGAGGGUGGGGAAAUGGAAGGAAAAAAAGUUGCAGAUGAAGUAUUACGUGUGGCCCCGCUUUGAGCUGUAUCCCGACUCUGAGGAACGCGAGGACGAUCACCUGAGUAUUGUGACCUUGGAAGAGGCACCGUUCGUCAUUGUGGAGAAUGUGGACCCCUUAAGUGGCACCUGCAUGAGGAACACGGUCCCUUGUCAAAAACGCAUAGUGACCGAGAACAAAACCGAUGAGGAGCCAGAUUACAUGAAGAAAUGUUGCAAGGGAUUCUGCAUUGACAUCCUCAAGAAAAUAUCAAAGUCUGUAAAGUUCACCUAUGACCUCUACUUGGUGACUAAUGGCAAACAUGGGAAAAAAAUCAAUGGGACGUGGAAUGGAAUGAUUGGAGAGGUUGUCACCAAACGGGCUUAUAUGGCUGUGGGAUCUCUCACCAUUAAUGAGGAGCGUUCAGAAGUGGUGGAUUUCUCUGUGCCCUUCAUUGAGACGGGAAUCAGCGUCAUGGUGUCACGUAGCAAUGGAACUGUCUCACCUUCUGCCUUCUUAGAGCCUUUCAGUGCUGAUGUAUGGGUGAUGAUGUUUGUGAUGCUGCUUAUCAUCUCUGCGGUGGCCGUCUUCGUCUUUGAGUACUUCAGCCCUGUGGGCUAUAAUCGGUGCCUUGCUGAUGGCAGAGAGCCCGGAGGUCCCUCUUUCACCAUUGGCAAAGCUAUCUGGUUGCUGUGGGGGCUGGUCUUCAACAACUCUGUGCCAGUGCAGAAUCCCAAGGGUACCACUAGCAAGAUCAUGGUGUCGGUGUGGGCCUUCUUCGCUGUCAUCUUUCUGGCCAGCUACACUGCCAACCUGGCUGCCUUCAUGAUCCAAGAGGAAUAUGUGGACCAGGUGUCUGGCUUGAGCGACAAAAAGUUCCAGAAACCCAAUGACUUCUCACCCCCUUUCCGCUUCGGGACGGUUCCCAAUGGCAGCACAGAAAGGAACAUUCGCAACAACUACCCUGAAAUGCACAGCUACAUGGUGAAGUUCAAUCAGAGGGGGGUGGAUGAUGCACUGUUCUCGCUGAAGACUGGGAAGUUGGAUGCUUUCAUUUAUGAUGCAGCAGUGCUAAACUACAUGGCUGGCAGAGAUGAAGGCUGCAAGCUGGUGACGAUUGGGAGUGGGAAAGUGUUUGCCUCCACUGGCUAUGGCAUUGCCAUCCAAAAAGACUCAGGCUGGAAGCGACAGGUUGAUCUUGCCAUUCUACAGCUUUUUGGAGAUGGUGAGAUGGAGGAGCUGGAAGCACUGUGGCUCACUGGCAUUUGUCACAAUGAGAAGAACGAGGUUAUGAGCAGCCAGUUGGAUAUAGAUAACAUGGCAGGUGUCUUCUACAUGCUGGGAGCAGCCAUGGCCCUCAGUCUCAUCACCUUCAUCUGUGAGCAUCUCUUCUACUGGCAAUUCCGCCACUGCUUCAUGGGCGUCUGCUCUGGCAAGCCUGGUGUGGUCUUCUCCAUCAGCAGGGGUAUCUACAGCUGCAUCCAUGGUGUGGCCAUCGAGGAACGCCAGUCAGCAAUGAACUCGCCCACGGCGACUAUGAACAACACCCAUUCCAACAUUCUCCGCCUGCUUCGGACAGCCAAGAACAUGGCCAACCUGUCAGGAGUCAAUGGCUCACCACAGAGUGCCCUGGACUUCAUCCGCCGCGAGUCGUCGGUCUAUGAUAUUUCCGAGCAUCGCCGAAGUUUCACCCACUCAGACUGCAAGUCCUACAACAACCCCCCCUGUGAGGAGAACCUCUUUAGUGACUAUAUUAGUGAGGUGGAAAGGACCUUUGGCAACCUCCAGCUGAAGGACAGCAAUGUUUAUCAGGACCACUACCACCACCACCACCGCCCCCACAGCAUUGGCAGCACCAGCUCCAUCGAUGGGCUCUAUGACUGUGACAACCCACCCUUCAACGCCCAGUCGCGGUCCAUCGGGAAGAAGCCCUUAGACCUGGGGUUACCUCCUGCCAAGCACAGCCAGCUGGGUGACAUUUACGGCAAGUUCUCCUUCAAGAGUGACCGCUACGGGGGCAGCGGGGCCCACGAUGACCUGAUCCGCUCAGAUGUCUCUGACAUUUCCACUCACACAGUCACCUAUGGCAACAUUGAGGGCAACGCGGCCAAGCGGCGGAAGCAGCAGUACAAGGACAGCCUGAAGAAGCGCCCGGCCUCUGCCAAGUCCCGACGGGAGUUCGACGAGAUAGAGCUGGCUUACCGCCGGCGCCCUCCACGCUCGCCUGACCACAAGCGCUACUUCAGGGACAAGGAAGGGCUACGGGACUUCUACCUGGACCAAUUUCGGGCCAAGGAGAACUCGCCACACUGGGAACACGUGGACCUGACAGAUAUCUACAAAGAGAGGGGAGAUGAGUUUAAGCGUGAUGCAGGAGGAGGAGGGAGUGGAUCCUGCACCAACAGGGCCCACCACAAGCAUGGCUCGGGUGAGUUUGGCGGAGGCAACGAGCACAAGCAUGGUGUUGUGAGCGGAGUCCCAGCACCGUGGGAGAAGAACCUGACCAACCUAGACUGGGAGGAUCGGCCCGGGGCUAAUUUCUGCCGUAGUUGCCCUUCUAAGCUUCACAACUACACGCCAUCGGUGGUGGGGCAGAACUCCACUCGCCAGGCCUGUAUCCGCUGCGAGGCUUGCAAGAAAGCAGGUAACCUGUAUGACAUCAGUGAGGACAAUUCGCUCCAAGAGCUGGACCAGCCGCCUGCUCCUGUGCCCGUGGCCACCAGUGCCACCUCCUCCUCCAAAUAUCCUCAGAGCCCUUCCAAUUCUGCCUCCAAGGUGCAGAAGAAGAACCGCAACAAGCUCCGCCGGCAGCACUCCUAUGACACCUUUGUGGACCUGCAGAAGGAUGACUCGGCCCUGGCCCCCCGCAGCGUCAGCCUCAAGGACAAGGGCCGCUUUUUAGAGGGGAGCCCCUAUGCCCACAUGUUUGAGAUGCCAGCCAGUGAGACCACCUUUGCCAACAACAAGUCCUCAGUGCCCGCCACCAGCUACCACCACCACAACAACCCCGGCAGCAGCGGGGGCUACAUGCUUAGCAAGUCGCUCUACCCCGACCGGGUCACCCAAAACCCUUUCAUCCCCACUUUUGGGGAUGACCAAUGCUUGCUCCAUGGCAGCAAAUCUUAUUUCUUCAGGCAGCCUGUGGUGGCAGGAGGGCCCAAAGCCAGGCCAGACUUCCGAGCCAUCGUCACCACCAACAAGCCGGUGGUCUCAGCCCUUCAUGGGGCUGUGCCAGCCCGUUUCCAGAAGGACAUCUGUAUAGGGAACCAGUCCAACCCCUGUGUGCCUAACAACAAAAACCCCAGGGCUUUCAAUGGCUCCAGCAACGGGCAUGUUUAUGAGAAACUCUCCAGUAUUGAGUCUGACGUUUGAGUGAGAAGGGAAGAGCGUGGGGAGGGACUGGGGGUGUAUGUGGAGCAUGGGAGGGCGGGGUGGGAUCAAUCCCGAUGGCUACUCUCCUGAGUUGUCGUUAGUUUGUGGGAUACUGGAGUUCUGAGUAGUGCAGCACUGGUGACAAGUGCCACCUCUUUGGUUUCCCCUCUUCCUCCUCCUCUUUCUCACCCCUCCCCUUUUAUCUCUUUUUCCAUAUUCUUGCUCCUCCCAUUCUCCUGCAUUCCUGACCAUUGCACUUUACAGUGACAUCGGAGUUGGAUAUCCUCGCUCGUGAUUUCAGGAAGUGGAGAAAAAGGCAGGGAAGGGGUGGGCUGAGGGGGAGCAGCAGUGACUCUAGCAUCUCACUUUUGCUGGCUCCUGGCAGAGAAAGGCAUGUGUACACACACACGUGUGUGAGUGCAGGAGGAGACAGCAGAAGCAAUGUAAUGGACAUGCAGGAAAAUACGCUUGCUCAGGCAACUCUUCCUAAAACUGCCUAAAAAAGAAUAGCGUUUGAAGACGUGGAGAAAGUGAAGAGGGAAUAACACAACUGACUUGAUGAUGCACUUAUACGUUAGCUAUACUGAGGUUCUCAUUACAUAAUUUUGUGAAGUCUACGGGGGUUUAGGGCUGAAAUAUACAUAUAUAUAUAUUUGCGUAUAUGCUGAGAAAUUUUAUGCUAAAAUUUUGAAUUGUCUGCUGGGCGAGUGUGGGAGGAGGGAGAGAAGGCUUGUCUUGCAGGUCUGGCUAGUGGUUUCACUAUGCCUAUUACAGCCAUUGAAUCUGUGGCAGGCCAGUGGGAGAAAUGGAAAGGAAGUGGGUUUUGAUCCUGAAGUCAGGGAAGCUGCUGGGAUCUCUGACAGAGGAUGCUGAUUUACACUGAAGUGAGAGGAGUCUGGGGAAAGGGACACAGGCUUGGUUCAUUAGCUGUGAAUUGCUGACUAGUUGUGACAUACUUAAGAGUGGGAGCAGUGUAUAGUAUGGGUUAGCCUAUACGCGAGUAUAUAUGAUAACUUUAUACUUGAAAUGUCUGUGGAGAAAGCAAAAUAAACCCAUGAUCCUGUAAGGUGUCUGGAUAACAAACAGAAUGGAACAGAGCUAAAGAGUAGGGAAGGGCAAAAAGUUUUACACUGUCACUUCAGGAUGUACCAAGCCUGUUUUGGCAUGUCCUUUCAGUGAGGAGGGUGAGAAAAAAAGGAUUUUCAUCCUUCUGCCUUCCCUACCCUUGGCCAGAAGGUUGGAAUAAAAAGAACAGAGUGCCCUCUGCAAAAGCUGGCAUGGUGCUGGAGAUGAAAAAAAAAAUGCCAUGGAAGGGUGCGUGUGGUGACGGAGGUGCUGGUGAACUGUUUCAAUGCCUCCUUGCACAUGUGGAAAUGGGAGAAGGGUGUGUGCACCCAUUGGAAAUACAUAUGUAUAUUUACUAUUGAAUGUACAGGGGAAGUACGCGCCUUGUCUUCCUGGGAAGAGGUGGGCUUGAACAAGUGCCAGAGAGCACAGAAACUUGUGCUGAGGGCUGGAGACAAGACGUGCAAGGUUGAAAUGUGUGUGUACAUGUAUGUGUGCCUCUGCGUGCGAAAGAGAGAGAUACUAGCACAGGCGCAAAGCUGGAAUAGCCUAGGGUUUCCCAUCCCUGCAGUUGUAGUGACAGCUUUCCUGGUGCACCUAGUAUCAAUAAGAGUGGUUUUUCUUUCCAUUGUAUCAUUUUAGAUGCAAGUUAAACUAAAGGGAAGGGAGCAAUGGUACGAGUGAGAAGCUGAACUCCCCUUUCAUAUGUCUUCUUUCUCCUGAGGUGGGGAUGUGGGCCAGCCUCUCCUGUCCUGAGAGAUAUGGCAAAGUUUCUCCUGCUUAUCCUGGGUCUGUCCCAGUAUCUCGAUGACCAUGGCUCACCAGGGGAAAGAUUGAGAGAGCCCUGUGCUGAGGGCAUGGGGACACUGCUGCGGACUCACUCUGAAAGGAGAUGGCAGCCCCGUCUUUAUGAGCCACUUGGAGCUGAAAGCCAACUCUCUCACAUUCCUCACCGCACCCUGGUUGAUUUUAUCUUUCUCUUCUUAAGCCAACAGAAGGCCUUUUAUUUAUUUACCUAUUUAUUUUAUUUAUUUUUUAAAGUUGGGGUGGGGGGAGGGUGGAUUUGCCUGUAAAGUCAAAGAGUGUGAGAAGAGGGUGGGAAGGGUUGGUGAAGGGAAUGUUUUCUUAUAUUUAAUUGAGAAAAUAAAGGAGGGAAGAGGGGGAGAGUGUUUUAAGGGAACUUCUUAUUCUUUCCCUCUUCUCUCAUUACAAGGACAAUAGGGAAAGAAAAAAAAAAAAAAGAAAAAAAAAAAAGAAACCAAACAAUUUAACAGAGCGAUCUGCAAUCCAGAACACACGGCAGUUUGUCAGACACCUCUGACAGCGGCCACCGAGAAGGCGUUCCUUUCAUUUGUAAAUAUUUCUUUUUUUAUUGCGUUUUUGUAUAAAUUGGUGUUUAUCUUCUUGUGAAUAUUCAGGUCGUGGGGUGGGAGGGAGGGGAAGUUUGUUUCCGUUCUGUUUGUUUUCUAUGACUUUUCAGGCUGCGUUUUUGGAAGCGGUUUACGCGGGUCGAGGCCGUAUGAAUGAGGGAGAGGGAGAGAGAGAGAGAAUGAGAGAGAGAUAUGAGUGUUGUGUUCCCCUGAGGCCCCCCGUAUUGCCCUGUCACCUUUAUCUUCGUGAAUGGAAGACGCCGGAACGUCACUUCAAGCCUUGCCAGCAGGGUUUCAUGUUUUGAUGGAAACACCCCCAAUUCCUUUUUGCAUAUAAACUCUCUGUACCAGCAUCUCUCUGUGGAGUCUGGGCCUCAAGGCACUACACUGUCUUGAUAGUGGUGGGGUGAACCAUCAAGUUGGCCACUCAGGUUGGACCAUCACUUUGACAUUAAGAGACUUCUCCAAUGCUACUUUGGUUUAGAAAUCUUGGACCUGGGAAAGCUCGUGAUUAUUUCUGGUAUUUCCUAAGGGCUUUGGGGGAAGCUUGACAGCUGGUGAGGGCAGCUAAUCUCUUUGGUGGUUAUCUCAGUACUUUUCCGUCCCUCCCCACCUGGAAUGAGGAAACUUGGAGGGUGGCUCUGCAGGGAAAUUAAGCCGAAAACAAACCAAAAAGAAGUUAAUGGAACUUUUUUCAAAUCUCUUCUUAAAGGUUCUGAUUUUUGUGUUCCGGGGUGAAAGUUGGUUCAUAUUUUCUCCGAACUGGUCUGUCCCUUGUUCCACUGAUUGGCAAAUGACAGUUUGCCAGAAUCAUUAUCUAGUGUUGAUACUGUUAUAGCACUGUUAACACUCUGAGUGCUCUGCAAAUAUUAACUGUGCCACAAACCACUCAAAUGAAUGCUCUAGGGCAACCAGAAAAGAAGAACUGGAAAUUCUGGACUGAAUCACUGGUCUAACCACAGGAGCCUGGUAUUUUGCCUUCUCCCAUAAUAGAUUAGGCCGUGUGUCUAUCAGGUUAAUCCUUUCUCCUACAAGUGAUCUUUUCUGGUUGCUUUGUUUAUUUUAGUUCUGACAGGUCAACAAGCUUCGGGACAGAGAUAAAGGGGAGGGUUUGGGAGGGGGGAGGGUGCAAUUCAUAAUCCAGAAAAUAAAUUUAUGAUGUUAUUAAACUCUGAUUAUAUAUUUAGAAUUUUAGAUUUGGUGUACUUUCAUUCUAAGUAUUCAAGUGAAUCAAUCAGGUAAUAUUAGCAGCAGGUGUUGUCUAUACUAGAAAACCACCCAUGUGCUGUUUAUUACCUGUCCAGAAAAGAAUGGGAUUUCAUACCAGAGCCUGACAAAACUCCACAUCCCCUCCUGUGUCGUUUCUCCCUUUCUCCUGUAGAAACACCAGUAUUUUCUGGGGCAGUGGCUGGGAACAAUUCCGCUCUCUGAAGGUUUCUGCACACAAGAAUACAGAGCAAAAACCUCUACAGUUUGGUGACCUCUACUAUAUAUUUGCAGCCAGCCUCCCGGGAAAGAUUAGGCACCUUUGGCAAUGUUUCUGACAUUUGCCUCCACGCUCUAGCCUGAGGCACGGCACUCUGAGAGGUAUUUUCAUGAACCAUGUUCUUCUGGAGUGGUACUGAAGUGUAUGUACUCAGCUGAAGGAGGAUGUGUAUGAAGGAGCCAGAGGAAAUAUUCUAAAAAAUCAAAUGUGCCAUGCACAGUGGAAAGCAACUGGCAGGUAUAUCUUGCAGCCAUGGAUCUCCAUUUCAUAAUCCUUCUUGGAGUAUUCACACCAGUGUUUUGGUGUAGCACAACACAACACGGGCUGGUGUAGUAUUUCUCUGUUUCUCAUCACACCUCCCAGUGAGGGCAAUAUCAGAGCUUGCCAUGUCACAUCGUAAGUAGGAAGAAAAGCUGCAGUCAGGACUUGUCAGUUGAGACAAUGAAGCACACUGGCCCCACCUCCUCAGCAAAAACCAUCCCUUUCUCUCUGAAAUCUAGCAUUCGUCAUCAGAACUCUCCAGGCAAGAACCCCAGUGGGUUCAAAAUGCUCAGCAAUAUGCAAGUAUGAACUUUGCCCAUAGAGAACUGAUAUUUCAGUUUCCAGCACAUGGAGGGAGGAAGGUUCCUUUGUGAUGUCCUGAAGGAUUUGGUGGAGGAGUUCAGAGUUGCCAGGAUGGGCAUCUUUGCUUUUUACUUCUUCAGCAACGCAUGCUGCCAUUAAGCUCCUCGCUCCAAGAAGACACUACUAUCCAUCUUGAAUAAAGCCCCUUUGUACCUUCAAGUCAGGGUUGUUUCUUACAGCAACAUUGCCAGCAAAAGAGAGAGGGGGAGGCAGAGAAUGAAUACGAUGGUGGUGACAGGUUAGCAUGAUCAGAGAUACCUCAGGGAUCUUCAUAGGCAAGUCUUUGCUUUAGAGCUUUCUAUCAAAUGUGGCAUAUCUUCCCACCUCCAUUGCUUAUCAACAGAUGGAAGCAAGCCUGGGAACACAGCCAAUGAUCAGAUUUAGGCCUUUCACACAUCCUCCACUCCAGUCAAGCAACCUUUGAUGAGCCCUUCCCAUGGAGAAGGGUAGGAGGUUGCACUUCCCCACGUAUUUUUGGUUGCCAAACAGAAAAGAAAAAAGGGAGGGGAUAAAGAUGGGGAGUGUUGAUGAAGGGACUUUGUACUGAUUCCCUGCACCAUCACUUUAGGGAAUUACACUUCACCCUUCCUGCUCAAUCCAAGCUGGCAAAGGGUAGGGUCCAAUUAUGCUGCUUCUCUGUGGCGUACACCUGGCUCACCACAGGAGCCUCUGGGAGCUGCUUGCGAAAAACGAACUGGAUUGCUGGCAACAAAUGGGGAUGGACUCCAAGUCACGAACCCCAUCUGCACCCACCCUUUCCCAUAAGUGCUUCCCUGCUGCUGAACACACCUGGCGUGUCCCCCUGGAACACACCUACCAUGCUGCUGGAUGCUGCAGGGCACAUUGAGAUAGUAACUAGUGGGACUCAACUGUUGUCCCCACAAGGGCUUAUUUUCAAUUUGCAGCCAAAUAGAUUUCCAAGCCAUAGACCCUCGCUGCAUUCACCCACCUACACUUCCCUGUGGCUCCCUUCCUCCUCCCCCUCUUCAAAGGCAAACUGGGGCGCUGACUGUCUCACUGGCGAUAUGAAUAUUAUUGCUUCGUCUUCAUCAUGGGCUCUCUGGACCUCCCUGGGGCUGACUGCAGACAGACCUGGGUGUCUGCCCUUAGAACGGCAACAAUGGCAGCAACAAAAACCACUUUGCAAUUGGCUUUGAGCUCUUUCUUCGUCUCUUGAGCAUCCCCAAAUUCCUCUCCUAGCCAUGCCAUUUGAGUGAAUUCUGGCACCCUUCUGUCGUUGCUGACAACAAAACUGACACAGCAUGAAUGUGCUUGUUUAUAGAAAAAGGCAGUGAAAGGAUAUAGCAGAGAGUAGGACUCAUGUCUGCCAGCACCAAGGAUACAGGUCCUUGGGUGCUGAGGUAAAGGAGGAUCUCUGUGAUGUGUUAGUGGUUAGGGAUAUCUUAACCUGCCAUUAAAGGUUCACAGCAAGUACUGGUGUACACUCCAACAGGUCAGAAAAAAAUCCCAUGCUGUGGGACAGGGGUUCCUCUGGGCACGCACAUGCAUACGAGACCUACUGGGGAAGUGAAACACACAUGAAGAAACCCGACACAGCAAGAAGCUGUGAGGCUUGUGCGCCUGUAUGUGUGCACACACACACACACAUGGUAUAUUGCAGAAUACUUAAUGACUCUGUCCCACAAUGCAUUUUGCCAAGUAGGAACAACGUGACCUUUCCUAAUGUUCUGCUGGUAGUAAUUUAAUUUAUGUAUUCACUUCGUGACUUUUACAUCAUCUGCUUUCUUGACUGCAGCAUUACUGUGUAAAUAUGUGUGUAUAUAUGUACAGAAACUAACUGAAGCAAUUAUAUUCAGGUUGGGAAAAGGGUGGGUUUUAUAUCUGUACAGUAUUUCCUUAUUAAAUAAUGGCAUGGGGGGGGUUGGGAAAGUUAACUUCUAAAUUGUGGUUUUAUUGGUCUGUGGUGUUUGAAGUUGUUUCAGUGGUUGCUUUUGCUGGUUCGGAAAGUUUAUCUGGAUGUUAUAUGUGUGUGCCAAGAAAGGGUCCCCAAAGAGGGGAGGUUUGGGAUUGGUGAGGGGUGGUGGGUAGCUGAGGGUGUUAAUAAUUUCCUGUAAUAAAAGCCGUGUUGAUUGCUAGGGACUGUUUGUGUGAGGCACAGGGCUGUUUCCUUCUCUAUGUGCUUUGCUCUUUGAUUACUUUCUCUUCCCUGGUCCCCAUUGUCUUCUCCCUGGGACAUCGGCAGAGUACAUUUGUUACUGUGGAUUACAGGGAUCUCUCUCUGCGCCUUCAUCUCCUGACCAGGUCUUCCAUCUCCCUCUUUUUGUGGCCUUCCCAUUAUCAGUGCGAGGGGAGGUGGUGUCUCGGACCCUUUGUGUCAUUCUUGUCCACUUUUCUUCCUCUCCUUUAGACCCCCUCUGUCCUUCUUCUAAGCAGAACCUCAUUUUCAGGUGUUUUCAUCUCUUCAGCAGUUUACUGCCUCAUCUCCCUGCCCUCUUAUCAACUUAUUUCUCAUCUUACUCAUACAGAUUCUUCAAUUUAAUCUCUAUGCCUCUUCCCUCAAAAUGACUUACGCUGGCUAUUUGCCCACUCUGCUCCUCUUAUUACUGUCUUCUUGCUCUGUUAUCUUCAUCAGACUGUGCAAUGCUGUGUGGAAGAUGAGUGAAGGGCAGGCCUCUGCUUCUCCUCUCCUGGAAAAUCUGAGCCCUGAACAGAUUUUUAGAAGAUUAUAUUUGGCAGCUAUUUUUGAUUUCUCUGUCACUUUCACUGGGGUGGUGGUCUGCCUUUGCCUGCUCAAGAAACUAAGAAAUGAUCAGUCUGGCAAACAAGCCAGUGCAAGGAAACAGUGAAUUUUUUCUGAGAAAGCCAAGAAAAAUAACAGAAUUUUCAUUCUUGAUGCCUGACUGGUGGAUUUAGGGCAGGGUCAGAUACAGGUUCAUCCACUUCAGGUUGACCCACAUCAAACUCAGUAGUUCAUUUGCUUUUACUCUAUGUGAAUAAAGCAAGGCUGCUGGAGAGAAGUAUGUGAUCUUUUAGAAGCACAGGGCUACCUUGCUUUAUUGCCUAGAGGCCACUGGCUUGUAAACACCUAUAUGAUGUUUUGCUGUGUUGCAACCCUGAGAGUGAAUGUCUGGUAGUAUUUGGUCCCUUUCUGUCUGACAAGUCAAUAUAAGCUGUUUCUUGGCACUAGCUGCCUAGAGUUUAUGGUCUGUUGUCAUGUCAGUAAGGGAGGAGAGUGACAGGGUGUGAUAUGGUGAAUAAGCAGAGACAAAGCCAAUGAGAAACUGGUAGGGGCUCUAGGCUGAUGCUUCCCGUUUUGGACAACUUGCAUUGUUCCUUAAUAAAUAUCUGUCAACCCACCACCCUCCACAGCCAUGGUACUGGCUGCUCAUCCCCAAAGACCUCUGAGUCACAGUCUGAGAAAGGGCCAGUCAGCCUCUCCGUGUGUGCAUGUGUGUUGCCAUGUGCCAUGGUCUCUGAGGGUUUGAGCUGUAUUGUAUGAAAGCAUGUGGACAGUGCAGAGCAGAGAGCAAAGGAGAGGGUCAGCAUGACCAGAUGUUAUCCAGAGCAGCAGUCUUUUCCCAGCUGCUGCUACCUCUUGCUCAACCUGCCAUUGCAGGCCUGCAUCUCUGAUUUCUGAGUGGGAGAAACCAUUACAGCCACAUGGGAAUGGAUCUCUACUCAAAGGUGCAAGCAAGGUAGACAUCCUUCUCACAUACCCUUGCUAUGAUCUUGGCAUGGCUGCCCCAGCAUGGUCCACAGUGGCCUGGGUACUUGUGAAUAUAUGGCUGCAAAUACCUGUCAGUCUGGGAGGAGGCAUAUGUUUGUGGAUUUGAGUGACUCCUGGCAGAACUCUAAAUAUAAGUGAAGUUUGAAAGUACUGGCCCAUUUGGUGCUACCCCAAUGAUGUGUGUCUACAUGGCAGGCAUCUCCUGCCAUAGAUCAGCUUUUGGCCAAAAUAGCGAGUUAUCUUUCUAAGUGUCACCAGGCUCCUUGCUUAUUCAAUGUGCAAUAAGCAUGACAUACCCGCAACAUUUGCAGGACAUCCAGAGAGAACGCAUCCCUCACAUGAGACUUCUAUCUGGGCCUGUGGACACUGGCUGCUAAGUCCCAUGUCAGCUGGACAAAGAUUAUACCUGGAUAUAAAAUGAAAGUUUUGUGCUUUCUCCCUCUGUUUUUCUUCCAGGCCAUGGAACCAGAUCCAUUGACACAGGCAGCUAAACUCCUGUGAAAUUCAAGGAGGUUUUGGAACGGCUAGUUAGGGGUCUAGGUGCCUAGAAAGCCUUUUGUGGAUUCUGUUGCUUGUGUGGGCCUCUUCUUGCAAUGCAUUUUGCCAGGAUUCCUCUCCCAGGAGCUCACCAUGCUUGAACAUAGAGGGGUUCCCUCUGCUUGGGAUCACCGUAUGUAUGUUGCAUGCCUGUUGCUACUUGUCUGUAUUUCUUGCACGUGUUUACUUGUGGGGAGCAGGGGUGGCUUCAUAUUGGUACAUGUAUUUAUGCAGCUUGCACACAUUUGUAUAUGUGGUGCCGCAGUCUGUAUGUGUGCUUAGGUGUUUGUAUGCAUGUGUUUGAGCUGAGAGAAAAGUGUUUGAAGACAUAUGCUGCUAAAGCCAGGAGAUAAGUACCCAUGGGUACCUCAGCAACCCUGUUGUUGCACUUGCUUACCUGGUAGGCCCUGGCACGGCUGCUUUGCUUGGACUCUGGGGGACCAGCUCUGAAUCAGUGAUGUGGCUGGGACACAGACUCCUCCUGGAGAUGGUUCAAAUACAGCACCAGACACACAUUCCAUAUGUUCAUUCACUUCUCUGCUGGAUCUGCUACGCCACAUUUUCAAACCAUUGUACCACACUCAUUACCUACUUCGGCCUUAACUGGUAGGGGGAGCAGGAAGACAAUCGUGCACUGACUGGUAAGGUCUUUUGGGAGAGAUCUAGUCAAUCUGUCCUGUGACUGAAACAAGAGGCUCCUUUGCUAUUCUUUUUGCUGCUUCCUAUGGCAAUGCAAGUACUGAAAUUUGACACACAAGCAAGCACUAGCCUGUCCUUUCUUGCUCUUGUGUCAGAGAGACAUGGGCAAAAGCCAGGCUGUGGUAGAUUUAUCUCCCUAUUCCCACUAUUUGGAAGAACUUCAUCAUUGCUGCUUGGAGCUGGUUAGGGAGCUUGCGAAUACCAAGCUCUGGAGUUCAGUUUCUUCAGAGGAGACAGUAAAUAGGGAGAAUGGGAGGCAGUGAACUUUCUGCAGCCAUUCUCCAUCCCAUUCAUUUCCAGGAGAGAUUGCUGCACUGCUAGCACCAGAAAGGAUGACCUGCUGGGAUAGCCCUACAGUGCCAACCAGCACAGCACUUUAACCAGCCAAACUGCUGAAGGGGACACUGCUGUCCUCUGUCAGCAGCCAGAAAAGACAAUCAGGACCUGAUGAAGAGAUGCCAUGACUAGUUAAAUAAGGAAGGAGCAACACUUGGGGGCUAGGGCCCUCAUCAUCUCCACUAUUUUAAGCCUGCUUAACCAGAUCUUUAGUGAUGGUGUCACUGGGCCUCUUUGACAGUUUCUUUUUAUUCAUAUUUAUAAAAUGUAACAGAAUAAUCUGUGGCCUCCAGUGACUCCUUCUAUCCCACCACAUCCAUCCACCUCCUCUGUUUUCUUCCAUGUUCAACCACUCCUUCCUCUCCAUCAAAUUGUGUCCUGUGCUCUGCCAGGCUUGUCUUUUAUGGAAGAGAAGAUACAUGUGUGUGAGUGCGUGUACGCACGUGUGUGUGUGUGUGUGUGUGUGUAUUUUAAGUAUUAUUACUAUUAUCAAGAUGCUAUACACCUAAAAGCUCCUAGCAAGCUGGAGCCUUCAAGAGGUGCUGUAGGAAAUGACCUUCCUACUAGACAGCGGUUAGUGCGGAGGUUGGCACAGAAAGCUGCUAGCUUUGGAGGCCUCCUUGCCUGUUGCUUUUCUUAUCUUUGGAGCAGGCUCUUUCUCACAUGUGUCAGAAAUGCAGAAAACUGCUCUUUUUAGCUUUGCAUUUUCAAAGUUUCUAAUAUGGGAAAAAAAAUAUUUGUUGAUUGGCUGUUGAUUUCAUUUGUUUGUUUGUUUGUUUACACAGUACUUUUAGUGGGAGCAGGGAGGUGUUUUCAGCAAUACAACUUUCCGAGACCUCAGUUCUGUGCAGUUAUUGUUUGUAUGGUUCAGCUGUGGUUGGGGUCUUUCCCUUGUACGUAUUUUUCCUGAAUGGCAGGGCUAUCUUGAAAUGUCUCUUUGCCAGUGACCAAAGCACAGUCUGUAACUGGAGGUGAGGGCUGGUAUAUAGAUGAGGCAGCAGCCUUUCAGGAGUAGCUUUUUACUGACUUGUUUGCAGAGUCACAGAAGGCAAACUAUUUAACUGUUGCACAGGUGGUUUUUGGGGUUGGUGUUUUUUUUUUUGGUACUCCCUCUUUUUCUUUUUUUUUUUUUUUAAUUUUCUCUUCUUUCCCUUAAAAAAAAGUUAUUUCUCCAGUGAGCUUUGGCUGUUGCCCCAAAGGCCGCUGUGAGGCAGGUAGCAGGCAGGGAGAGUGUCUGACCCCCAGGUCCUGCCCUCCUGAAGCCAUGCAGAAUUGCCUGGGUAAGGAGGGAGAAAGGUCCUUUGGUGGUUUCCACUGCCAUGCCUGGGAAAAGGACCCUGUGGCUGCAAAGGGGCCUGACCCAAAGGGAAUGGGCACCCACAGGAGAUCAUCGUCUGGCUUGUAUGGGUCGUGGGUCAAGCUGGAGGACAGGCAGGGGAAGAUGGCUCACUGACCCCUGCACAGCCCUUCCUAUGCUGGAGCAGGAGCAAGGCACAUAGGCCUGCAUCUGGGACAAAUGAAUGACCCUAAACAGGCCAAUGGGGUUCAGCCUCACCUUUCCCAAGCUAUUUGCAAGUGGGUAGGGCUGACCCUGACUUUGACAAUGUCAUUCAAGGCUGAGCAGAGUCUCACAGACCAUGAAGUAGAGGUUAAAGGUGGUGCAUGGGCAUCUGGCCCGCUCUUGAUGUCAUGACAGCUAAGAGAAAGCCCAGCGCCUUCAUCUUUUGGCACUUGGAAAUGGCUGAGAGCAGCAGUGUAGAACUGUUGUGUCUACAAGGGUUGGAGCAGGUAGAGUCUCUAGAGCUGGCACAGGUCAGCUUCAGCUGUAUUUACUUUCUAACUAAUGUACAUUUAGUUUGGAGAGCAUGUUUGAUGAGCUCAGUCUAUCAACCAAAAGAAAAAUAAAUACUCACCUCUAGUAUAAGUCUUCUACUGCCCAACACUGCUACCUCCUCUUCUCUUGAGCUGUUGGUAUCUUGUGCUGAACCUGGCCACUCAUCAGGCUGUUGCACACAGCAGAUAUAUCCUAUCCGCUUCUGAGACCAUCUUUGCCUAAAUUUUGCCUCCUUCACAUCCCCUUCAUACACGCACAUGUGUGCUCAUACACAUACACACACGUACCCACCUCCAGCCACUUCACUGGUGAAAAUCAGAGCCACAGAGACAUAUGAGUGCCAAAUCAAAUAACUUCUUAUUUCUCAACUUAAUGAUGAAAAAGUUUUGUUCUUUUUUUUUUUUUAAUUUUUUUUUACAUAUGCAAAUGUAAAAGGGAACUGUCAGCGAAUUGGUGGUGGCGAGAGGAAAUGGGAUGUUUUGUAACCCUAGCUGCAGUAAAAAAAAAAGAAAUAAAAAUACAUUAAAAAUAUUUAAAAUCACAAAAAGGAAAAAAAAAAACCUUGAACUAUUUUGGAAAUAUUGUGAAUAAUUUUUUGAUAUAAAAACUAAUUUUUAUGUAGCAUGAAAACCACCAAAAUAAAAUGAUCAAGAAUAAAAGCUGUGCAGAGGGUGUUUUUGUUAGUUGUUGAGGGAAAAGAAGGAAGAGAGAAACGGUGGUAUUUGAGAGAGGGAUGAUACUGCCAUGGCUUUUACUGUGAGUUUCACAAUACGUGAUGUUUUUCUUCAAUCUUGGUAACUGGAGUCUUGUGGUUAUGUAAAAAAAAAAAAAAAAGAAACAAAACAAAAAAAAAACCCCAAACUCAUAUUUUAUAUGAAAUGGUGUUUUUAUCUCUGAUUGCUGUGGAGAAAAUGUUGAAAAUAAGAACAGAAAGAAUCGCAAAGACUCAAAAAACAAAAGACAAAUUGAAAAUGGCCAUGAAUUGCUUUUGAGUGAUAACAGCAAUCACAAAAAUUUUUCUGUAUGAUUUAUGAUUUUUGAGUAGUUGAGGUUGCAGUUCUGGGGAGGCAGGUAUGAAGGAGGUAAGACUGACAAAGGCUGACAAAGUUCUGCUUUUCAUUAUGUGAGGCCCAGCGGUUAAACCAGGGUCACUUCACAUGUCCUUCAAAGAGAACAAGGUGUUGUCCUUUUGCGAGAUGUAUUGGCAUCACUCUCCAUCCUUAAAAAAAAAUUAUAUAUAUAUAUAUAUAUACAAUUACAGGUUUCUUAAAGGAAGCAGACUGCCUCUCCCAAUCCUAGACAAAAUGGUGUAUCAUCUCAGCACUCCAGUCCCUCCUAGAAAUGCUGGUGGCAAUUCUCUGCUCCCCUGAUGGAACUGGAAUGUCAGUGUUUUUUGCCUCCUUUGGGAGCUCUGCCACUAGGUCCUGGAGCAUUAAAUUGCCUUUGAGGAGGUGGCAGCACCCAUCCCACACUGCUAUGAAUCAAGGUGUUGCUGCUUUUAAUUGUCAGAGGACAGGAGAUGCUGGUUUCCACGCUAUUCCAGGGAAGUUGGUAGGUCAUUCUGUCCAUUCUGUCUUGAAAAUAUUGCUUGUUCCUGAGUGAGUCUGACCUCCUGCAUAAGAAUUUCAUCUUCCCUCCCUCAUGUUCUCAUCUCACAUGCAGUCAUUAAAACACUGCUCAUUCUGCUAGCAGAGGACUUUCUCUGUUGCUCCUGUCCUUACUGUCUGACUUCUACAUCACAGGUUGAAAGGGAGGAGGCAGAUAACACACCAUAUAGCUUAAAAUAUGAGUUCAACACUGACCAAGAAGAAUGAAAAUCAGUAAAGACUCAAGGUCAGCCUAGAUUACUCCUCUGGCAGUGUGCAGAAAGAGAACUCUGGGUCAAAAUCUUGUCUUCUGCUCAAGUCAAGAUAGACUUGGGCAGAGUGGAGAGGGAGGACCUGGAGACAGUCGUGGUGUAGACCAGCUUGACUGAUGGGUUCUUGAAUUCUGAGCCCCGGAUACAGUUGUGAAAGAAGAUCCAUGGGAACUUUAUAUUCUGGUUGGGGAAAGAGAGGGAGAAUCCUUUUAGCCUGAGAGACCAAACCCUGAAACAACUUCUUGGCUUAUCUGGCUAUGAGUUAGCCUGUUGCCAGUGCCUAUUCCCUGCAGUAUCUGUUUUUGCUUUUUGACUCCUAUAGGGAAGAAGACAGACUUUCCUCUGCCUUGUGAAGAUUUUGUCAUCAUUAGUUAUAAAUCUAGGUUGUUCCUCCAGUGAGUAUUUGGCUAUUUACUGUUAUUCCCACUUGUUCUGUCUCUAGUCCUGUCCUCUCACCAUCAAAUCUUGCCAACAAUAUUGUCUUGCUGUGAGGAGCAGUAUGCCUCCGUGGCCUCCUGUCCUUGCAUCUUAAGAAGAGGGCUCUUGUGCCCUUAUGGGAGGAAGCUAGCACUGCUCCAUGUCCUUCAAUGAACCAUGAAGGCUGACAAGUCAGUUUAGGGGUGUUGCUUAUCUUACUUUCCUCCAGUGACAGAUAUUCCAGUUGCUUUCCUUACAAAGAACAAGAUAUCUUACAUCUGUGACCGUUGUGGACUAGCUCUAUAUUUGUGUCAUCAGCUGGCAUUUACUCCCUCAAAGACAAUAAGGAGAAUCACAAGAAACCUCUUAUCUUUAGCCUGGACAACCACCCUGUGACUGGUAUUGCUUUCUUCUCCCAAUUAGCAAAUGAAAGGAUGAGAAAAAAUGGCCUCAAAUUGCAUGAAGGAAGGUUCAGAUUUUAUAAUAGGGAAAAAUUCUUCAUGGCAAGCAUUGUCAGGCACUGGAACAGGCUGUCCAUGGAAGUGUUUGAGUCACCAUCCCUGGAGGUGUUUAAAAGAUGUACAGAUGAGGUUCUUAGGGACACGUUUUAGUGCUAGAGUUAGGUUAUAGUUGGACUUGGUGAUCUUAAGGGUCUCUUCUAACCAACAUGAUUCUGUGAUUCUAUGGUUCUACCAGCAGCCUCCUAUUCACACACAUCCCGUUAGCAGAAUCAGGGAUCAAGACAGCAGCAGCAGAGAAGGGUAGGAAAAGAGGAAUCAGGGAGAAGAUGAUGUGUGGAUGACCACUUAAUGCUGUGUUGGUGCAUGGUGUGUGCUCACCAGCUAGACAAUGUGGCAUGAAGCAAGAGCAGCACUGUGACUGUAUGAACCCCAGGUCUUAAUUUCUCCUCCAUCUGAGAGGUGGUCUCACUUUCUCUUCCCUGGGCAGAGGUUGCCACAUGGAGGACAUGAGGCAGGGGACUGGGCAAGAGGCAGUGGACUGGACAAGAGACUGAGCACCUGUAGGGACCUCACCUUCAGUGCUGAAAGUGCACAGUGCACAUCAGAGCCCAAGCUGCUGACCUGACAGCACAAGUGCUGCCUCUGGCAGCAGGCAAGGAAAAGUCACAAUGAAAACCUCAGCUCUGGGGGCUUUGACUCUCUUCAGGAAAUAUCUGCAGAGGAAUGAGUGUAGUGGAGCAGAAUAGAUAACUUUGCCACACACGGUGUUAGAAAGAGGAAAAACUUGGCCUGGAAAUAUGGUUCUGGGUGGAAUACAUGUUAAAAGUAACUCCCUGGAAGUAGAGGGGAACAGACCUAAACCAGAAACUUGGCUAAUGCUCUGAAAAUUCAAAUUUCCAAGCAUAAUGUUUCAGAGUCUGGAACUGGGGCUUGGGCCAUGUAUUAUGCUAGCUGGAAGUUCAGCCAGGGGCCAUUCUUGUGCUCCAGUCUCCACACUCACCUUCUCUUCCCUGGAGUAAAGUGGCAGGCUCAUCUCUUUCUUUAGACCCAGAAGGCCUAAUGCUGAAGUGGAAUAGCAUGCAUUUUGCCCACCUUGUUUCUCUACAUCACUGCUUAGAUCUCAGGUCUUUCAAGGCAGACAUUCAACCAGGCCAGAGAGAGAGCAGAAGUCCUUCCAGUACACACAGUACAGCAAGGGUAAGAGUCUGGAAUUUUUGAGCACACAACCCCUAGAUGCUCUCCUUGAAACACCUCUGUGUCUUUGUUCACAUGAGCAGUGCUUGAUUCAUUUGCCCUCACAGAUAAUUUACAUGGCCCAUCAAGAAGCCAAGAUUCUGUCAGUGAAGAAGAACUAUUCAAUGUGGCUUUUCAAUAUUUGAACAAGGCACUGGAAUUGUAGUUACAGAAAAGGCAUCUCCAAAGAUGCACAUCCCACACCUGGGGGAUAUUAGCUUGUGUUCUUCACUUCAAGAAGCAAAGAGUUUCAGGGGUCUUCUUUGGCCUCCCACAUGUAGGAACUUUUCCAAGUGAUAAAUGCACUUCCGCUGGCUCUGGUGGCCCUUUUAUGCACACAUAUGUUCCUUUAUCAGGUCUGGGAGCUGAACCUUACUGUGCUAAGAUACAAGUGAAAGCAUCCCAUUUGGGACCAAAGAGAGCUAGUUGUGAUGAACCAGCCACUUCUCCUAGCUUUGCAGCUUCAUAUUGCUUAAGGACUAACUGUUCAGAUGUUCUCCUUCCUCCCCAAGCCACUUCAGGGCUCUCUCUGUGCUGCAGUGGCAGCCCGGUUUGCUCUCCCUACUGACUUUCCCCUUCUUUAUAUGCAGAGAGUAAUGACUUGAUGGCUGCUUUCUUAUCUGAGGUGUUAGAUUAAAAUUGGAGAAGCAUGACGUUUUGGACCUGUCUCUGUGGCUCUCUGAUUAGUUAUCCUCACUGAGGAGGCAAGAGACUGAGGCCUGCCAGCUGCGAGAUUGAGCUUUGGGUAAGUGAUCAACCUUCGGCUGCGUGUUGCUGCUGUGCUGUUAGCAGAGGGGAUGCACACUGGAAUGCUGAGCACCAUGCACUCUCCACUCUUUUGAGAUUGGAUUGUAGAUUUGCAUCUAAACAGAAAAGAAGGGAUUGAUUUUUCUCCUUGUCUAUUUUCCCUACUCCCAAGGGAAGACUUCCUGAAAGAAGUGAAAGAAAAGGCUCUGUCCUCACUUGAAACUUAGACUGUUGUCUCUCCAUGUAUUGUUUUUCAGUGGUAUAAUGAGACAGACCUUUGGCUGGUGCCCAGACACUCUCGAUGUGUUUCUACAUCCUUUUUCUGAAGGAAUAGCAUAGCUUCUGCUUGCAUGGGUCUGUUCAAGUCUUCCUACUACAGACCCUGGAUAGCUGGGGGUGCCUGGGGGACAGCAGCACUGAAUUUUGGGAAGAAAUAAUUAGUUAUUGCUUGUGCCAUGUUUGCACAAAGUAGAGAAAGAUUUUUUUAGAAGCACUUGAGAGAUAUAUUAUAACAAAGCACAUGUGAUUAAAAGUCGAUAUUGCUUAGCUGCUCACAUGUUUUUAGAGAUUUCCACUACAAAAGCUAAGAAUGUUUAUUCUUCUUAAAAAUCUCUUUAUGAAGGGACUGGAGUAUUUAAUAGUGAUAUAAACUAGUUGAGCUCUCCUGAACCUAAAAGAUACUGUCAUAGUAAUCUCAACUAGUGACUACUCCUGGAGGAUGCCCUGGGUUGAGCUGAGGAUACAAAGCUACCUUGAGGGUGCAGAAGCCCCCUCCUUGAUAGUACCAGCCACAGAGACGGAAGUAGGUACUACAUUGGGCAGGAUUUCAUGAGAAAAGUACACAUGGGGAUGCACAUUGACUGCAAGCAGUGACUGGUGGCAUCAGGGGUAAAUUUGUGUUGGUCAAAAUGACUCCAUCUCUCCAAACAAUGACACAAUUGCUGUGAAGUUGGACAGUGUCAGUAUCAGUCAUUAAUCUAGGAUGCAGCAAGUAAAGUGAAAUGCUUUGCCAGCAGGGUGAAACCCCAACAUAAAACUGAUCAAAAACGUUUAGGUCCUGUUUUCAAACAAGGUUUGUCUGUUUGAUGCUUCUCACUGCCGUAGUCCUUACUUCAAAGGGUUUGCAAUUUUGAUGCUAAACUGAAAUACGUUAAUAUUAGCAUUUACAUUAACAAGUAAAUUGACAGAUGCCAUAGUUUACAUAUAUUAUGCAAAUAACCCGGAAUCUUGCAUGCAUUUGCAUCUAAUUUUCUCAAGAUUAAAUGAGACAUACACUUUAUAGGGGAAAUAAUUGGGGUAUCCAAGCAUAUGAUAAGCUAGGUGACUUGAUGUGGCUUGUAUGAACUGUGGUAAAGCCAAGAUGCAGAGAAAAAGGACAUCUGGCGUUUUCCUCUGCAAAAAUACUAUGUUCAUGGUUGCUGUUUGGAGAAAACACUGCAGGAAUUUCUCUGGAAUGUGGUCAGAAGUAGUACAAGAAGCUUGUGCUGGGAGAUGUGAUUUGGGAUGUUGGGAUCUCAACCUAAAGGGACAGUCAAGGUCUCUGCCUGUUAUUUUUUCAAGAUUUGUGAAAGGAACAACUCCUCUCUUUUCAGCACUGUGCAAAUAUCACCCAGUUGAGUUCUUCCCACCUUGUAAGGGGAUGAGUAUUUCUUAGACAGGGGAGCACUGAGGAGGCAAGUCUGUGAUCCACACAAGAGCAGACCCAACACUUGCCUGUCACCAGUACCUGGCAGGAUGUCUUCUUCUUCUUCUUCUGAUCCCUCUGGAAGUCAUGAAGGGAUGACAGCUAUUUGCGAAGCUAUGCCCGGGGCAAUCUGUUUCUGCUUCAGGUGAGUUUGGUGAGGAAUCUUGCUGUUCCGAGUGCUCUAGUUUUCCAGGUUCGUUUCACUUCUUCCAUUGGGCAGAGCCUUGAAGAUGCUGUACCUCAUCCCAGCCUUGGACAAAGAGAAUCCGAACCACUAAUUGCGGCAGUUUUCUCUGUGCAUUUUUAAUUAGCUCUACUUUUACAGGUAGCAUGAGGAAGUGUAUGUAAGGGCCUGAUCCAGAGAGGUGCUGGGUUGUUCAGGCUCUCUCAGGAUGCUCGGCCUUUGCUGCCACCCAGACCUGACUUGUCUGAGCUGAUCACAGAGAUUCUAGUAGGAUUCAAAAUACAACUAAUUUCUCUACCUUGGAAACUUGCACAUCAAGACCUUAGUGUACUCCUCACAAGCAUACUUCUGCUGCUUUUGUCAGGCUGCUGCAAACUUUCAGCUUUUACAGGAAGACUGUCAAAACAUUGUAUAGAAAACAAUUUCCUUUUUCAGUUCCGCCAGUGUGCAGUUAACACUUCAGGCUGUCAUAUUGUAGAGACUUCAUCGAGAACCUCUUUGUAUCAUGCAAAGUGUUUACCCAACUUGGAAUCUCAUCCAAGACAUCCUGGUCUGUUUGAAUAGUGACUGAACAUCCUGGCCACCUGCUUCUUGUGCUUUACUUCUAAACCUUGCAGGAUACUUUGAACUGCAAACAACCAUGCAACUGGACAGAGCUGACCUAGUUUCCUUUUGUCUUCAAAAGGCUAGGAUGAUAAAAGCCAUUUUCCCAGGGUUACAGUUCAGCUUAGUUCAAGUUCCAGCCUCAUAAUUGCUCAAAAAUUUCAGGUCUGUCUUGCCAGUGCCCCUUUAAAUAAUGCAUACUCCUGCUUACAGAGUCACUGCCACUCUUCAAAUAUUCAAGCGUUCCUUACAUUUAAUUUUGGAUGGUUUACUCUCUCCAGGGAGGAGGCAGCUUAUAAAAAGCAAUUGCUGAUGGAAAAAGUAGAGCUUACAUGACUUGCAGCAAACAGCAAUUUGAGUUCUCAAGAACAUGCAUGUCUUGGACAUGUAAAUUUUACUCAUUUGCAUUUCAGGGGCACAUGUGACAUACAACACUGCUUUCUCAUCCAGUAACAUUAUCUAAGCUUAAUGGUUAAUGUCAAGUUUUUUUAACAUUUACAAGUGCAUUGGGAGAUUAAUUUGUUUACUUGCAUUAUGCAAAACUGAUUUAAGAUCGUGGUUUGCAUUUAUACACAUUUACAUAGUGUUUCCUGAUUAAUACAGUAUAAUACACACAAAUCAUGUGUAAAUUGCAGGCUCACAUCUGCAACAUAAACUUCAGUUUGUACAAUGUAAUAUUUGACUUGUCUGGAAGAACUUUUCCAGCAGGUUGCAGUUGAAGUCAGGAUAUGGCAGGGAGGGAAGAGCUAACAGGCAUCAGGUGUGAAUUUUCUGUGGGGAAGCCUUUCCUCAGCACCUAUUACUUGCUGAUACCCUGAAGUCAUGCAACCGAAUAAGAGGAUGCCAAGUAUAGCUGGCAAUGGGAUGAGUUUCGUGUAAUGCUGUGACCCUGGGGUCAGGCUGCCAUGAACACACAAUUUAGUUGCGUGCUCAGUGAGUUUAUGCUCCGAGUAAAAUGGGUAAGCAGCAAAAGGAGCCAGUGGGAGGAAAAGGGCCAGCAACCACUGCUGCCAGUCAUGGCCUUGCUACCUUGGCUCUGUUCCUCAUGAAGAGGCUCAGCUGGGUGCAGUGGAGACCCUUGAGGUGCUCCACUCUGCUCCAUGUAGUACCUUUGACUGGGGAUGUUCAAGGCUGGCACAGGGAGGACCAGUGGAGAGUGUGGGGAGAAGGGCAGUGAUAACCAGCGCGCAUCUGGUGUGGGGCUGAGAUGGGAACCCAGAAAGGCAACAACCUUGUACCCAACACAGGGGCAAGGGUACACUGUGGAUACUUCGCCAGUGUAGUGUCUUCCUAAGGGACAGCGUGGUCGAACUCAGGCUUGCCUCAUCUCUCCGAGGCCCUAAUCCUACUAUCUGUCCUCCACCAGUCAUGACCUCAUUGUCCUCUUCCCAACACCCUCACCCCCUCCGGUUUUUCUUUCUGUAAAUAACUCUUUCUGACUUUGGACAAGCAGGGAUCAACAGAUUCUGGAGGGGGUGGGGAAGACACUUGUUUUGUUUUGGUUUGUUUUUGUUUUUUUUCUUUCUAUCUUGAAUUUUGGUGUUUGAACUUGAAAAAAAAUAAUAUAUAUAAAUAUAUAAAUAUAUAUUUAAGCAAAUGGAUUUUAUGGAGAACUGUGAAAGGAGUUGAUUUUUUCCCCUUUGAUUUCUCUUGUUUCUCUUUGGGGUUUGUUUUUUGGGGAAGGCAGUUUUUGUGAACUGUUGAGAUUUCCAGUUCAGCAUUGUUAAAAGGAUGUGGAGAAAAAAAAAAAAAAAAAAAGAAGAAAAA